AUUCGUCAGCAGUUUAGUCUGACUCAAACACCGGCAAGUGCAAAACGAAAAUAAAGAAAGUUGCAAAAAGAAUUCAAGAUUGCAUCCCUACAAACAUUACGAUUGAUAAAUUUAUUUAAACAGUUGCGCAUUCAGUUACCUUUAUAUUCUUCUCUUACAAAAAUGCCACCCAAAAAGAAGACAUCACCAAAGAAGUCUAAAGAACAAAGUACAGAGCAAACAUCAAAUGCUGAAAGUCCAAAGAAGAAGGAAAGCAAAAAGGCAGAAGAUGGGGAGCCUCCAGCAAAGAAAGCUAAAGCAGCAAAAGCAGAAGAGAAGACCAAGCUACGUAAGGAAGCAUCCUUGACUACAGGAAUGGACUUCUCACAUGACACACAGACUAAAGACGGAAGAAAAUACAAUUUAAAGAUAACCUCGUGGAACAUAAAUGGUAUCCGAGCAUGGAUGGACAAAGGCGGGCUGUCAUACAUCAAGGACGAGCAGCCAGACAUCCUUUGUGUACAAGAGACAAAAUGUGCAGAAGCAGAUUUACCCGCUGACGUGAAGGUAGAUGGUUACCACGACUACUGGUCUUCGGCCGAACAAGCUGGGUAUGCUGGUACUGGCAUCUACAGCAAGGUUAAACCAGUCAAUGUCACUUAUGGUCUAGGUAUUAAGAAGCACGAUGCAGAAGGAAGGGUGAUCACAGCCGAGUAUGACAAGUUCUUCCUUGUUACCUCUUAUGUUCCAAAUUCUGGACGCGGAUUACCAAGGUUGCCAUACAGAAGUAAAGAAUGGGAUGUGGACUUUAGAGAGUACCUGAAUAAUCUGAACAAAUCGAAACCUGUGAUCAUGUGUGGAGAUCUGAAUGUUGCUCAUACAGAAAUAGAUCUGGCUAACCCAAAGACCAAUAAAAAGACAGCAGGUUUUACAGUGGAGGAGAGACAGGGAUUUACAGAUCUGUUAGCAGAGGGAUAUAUUGACUCUUAUAGGGAGCUGUACCCAGAAACUGAAGGGGCUUAUACCUUCUGGACCUAUAUGGGAAAUGCUAGAGCCAAAAACGUUGGAUGGCGACUAGACUACUUUGUGCUCUCUGAAAGGUUGAAGGAAGAUUUGUGUGACAAUGUUAUCCGUAAAGAUGUGAUGGGGAGUGACCACUGCCCUAUAGUUCUCUUUAUGGCCAUGAAAUAAUAUAGAACUGAUCACAUAAAGACAGUUCUUAGUAGUUACUCUUGAGUAGAGUUAUGUUAUGUUGCCUGGCAACUGUUAAUGGAAGAUAGUAGAUCUAGAACAUUGAGUAGAAAACUUUGCAUUGAAUUUUGUAGAUUUUUUGAACAUUAAAUCAUUGUAUCAUAGGAAAGGCAUGUGUUGCCUGUUAACAGUAAAUGGAAGAUAGUUGAUUUAGAACAUUGAGUAGAAUACUUCGAAUUAAAUUUUUUGU